UUAUUAACUCCAGUAGACUUUACACCCCUCAGCUUACACCUGCAACAAGACACCGGCUCACUUCUCUUUAAUAAUCACAAAAAUAAGACUAAAUCCAUAACUAUUCGACUGAUUUAGUAACCAAGCAGCUGACAGGGUUCAGUUCAUCGACCGGCUUUGAGAUGGAUGACAUCAUAGAUGAUUCCAAUGAGAUCUUGUUUACUGUAAAGUUUCUCGGCCGAGUUGAAGUCGUUCGGCCUUCUGGAGUCCAGAUCCUGGAGGAAGCUGCUCAGAACCUGAAGACGCCAGAUAAGUACUCCUCAGAGAAGGCAUCAAAGAAAAGCAAAGUCCACCUUUACCUGUCCUCAAACACGCUCGACAUUCUGGAGCACAAAACAAAGUUCCUCCUGUACUCGUGUCCACUGACCACAGUCUCUUUCUGCGCCGUCCUGUCGUCUUCGCCCAAAGUCUUCGGCUUUGUGGCUCAGCAUCUCGCCACCGACACGUUCCACUGUUAUCUUUUCCAGAGCAGGAAGUUUGCUCACGUUUUGGUUUCUGUCAUUGGUGGAUCCUUCCAAACUUCACCAAAAGAGGAAAGUAGCAGAGGAGGUCGAGAUCUGAUCGUGGAAGCACUCAGACACAAAAAUAAAAAGCUGCUGAAGGAGAAUGAGGAGCUGAAAAGGAGACUUGCUGCAAACUAGCUGGCAGUUCCUAAACAGAUUUGCUAUAGUUUUGUACAAACAGGACCAAAAUCAAUGUGAGAAAACAAAUUUCUGUGUGUUUCUUGGUCUUUUCUCUAUGCACAUCAUUGAUGGAACAUGUACUUUCACUUUGACAAAACAAUAUUAAAGUAUUAUCAAUUACAAAUAUAUAAGGCUGACUAGAAGAGUUACUGUUUAAUCCUGUGAUGAAUAAUAGUCAAAAUUAGAUCCAUAUUUAUUUGCUGUUCUUCAAUAGACAGGAUACACACUUUGGUAUAUAAACCUUUUAUAGGCACAUAUAAUGAAGCAGCUAAAAUAGAUUGAUGGACAAUGAAGUAAAUUUUUUUUUUUACUGAAAAUGAGAUUAGAGUUUUGACAACAUAUACUUAUUAAAAAUAGAGAAAAGUAAAAAGUAUGAUAAAAAGUGAGGAAAGGACAAUGUAAAACCACAAUAUGAAAAAAAAUGUUAAAAACAACUGUGAGUGAAAAAUGUAUGUAACUGGCUUGUAACUAAAGAUUACAAAUAAAAAGAAAUUAAAAUACA